ACGGACGGACGGACAGGCGGUCCGGAUCGCCCCGCUCCGGGGCCGGGGAAGCCGGGGUUCCCCCUGCUGCCCCUCGGUCCGCUCCCGCAGGCCGGACGCCCGCCACGUCCCGCCCCGCCCACCAUGGCCCGGAGAACCAGUUUCUGCUUCCUGGUUGAAAUUAUGGGCAGAGGCCAGAAAAUUAUCUUCUGAUGCGUCAUAGAGAUCAACCGUCUUUUACAGCAGAUCGCUCAAGUCGAUGAAACUGCAGCUCUGAGGAAGCUAAGAUUUCUGGAGGCAGGUGAUCGGAAACAGCCAGAGAAGAGCCAUGAAACACUAGAGCCUCUUCCACAAGAACAAGAUGGCAGCUCAGCGGAUCCGUGCUGCCAACUUGAAUGGUCUCCCAAGAUGCAAGUCCGAGGGAACCCUGAUUGACCUCAGUGAUGGGUUUUCGGAGACCAGCUUUAACGAUGUCAAAGUGCCUUCUCCAAGUGCCUUCCUUGUAGACAAUCCCACACCUUUUGGGAAUGCGAAAGAAGUAAUAGCAAUCAAAGACUACUGCCCAACUAACUUUACCACCUUAAAGUUCUCCAAGGGGGACCACUUGUAUGUCUUGGACACGUCAGGAGGCGAAUGGUGGUACGCACACAAUACCACAGAAAUGGGUUAUAUUCCUUCCUCCUACGUGCAGCCUGUAAACUACCGAAACUCUACGCUCAGUGACAGUGGAAUGAUCGACAAUCUGCUGGACAGCCCGGAUGAGGGAGUGAAGGAGCUGGAUUUACUUGGCGACUGGAUGGAUGAUGAUAAGAAAGUUUCGGGGAAAGCGCAUAAUAACCCUUUCUGGACUGGAUUUCAAACAAACCCGUUUCUGAAUGGUAACUUACCAAGUAAGCCCAGCCUGGAUGAGUUAGCCCCCAAAGCCACAGUCGAUUUGCUCCUUUUUGACCCGGCGGCUCCUUCUUUUACCGGCUCCAGUUCCGCCACCACCAACAGCACCAGGAACAUUUUUGAUGAACUGCCAUCUACCCACCGAGGCGAUCCCGAGCAGCCCGUCAAGUGGGACAAUCCCUUCUUCCGAAGCAAGCGCUCGUACAGUCUGUCCGAGCUGUCUGUCCUUCAAGCCAGGUCAGAGACACCAACGUCAUCGGGCUUCUUCAGCGGGUUGAAAUCGCCCACCCCGGAGCAGUUCCAGAGCCGGGAAGACUUUCGAACCGCCUGGUUGAACCACAGGAAGCUAGCCCGGUCUUGCCACGAUUUAGACCUGCUUGGCCAGAACCCUGGCUGGGGCCAGACCCAACCGGUGGAGGCCAACAUCGUGUGCAAGCUAGAUAGUUCCGGAGGGGCGGUUCAGCUUCCAGAUACGCACAUCAGCAUCCAUGUGCCCCAGGGACACGUAGCUCCAGGAGAAACCCAGCAGAUUUCCAUGAAGGCCCUGUUAGACCCUCCUCUGGAACUCAACAGCGAUAAGUCCAGUACCAUCGGGCCAGUCCUGGAGGUCAAAUUGAGCAAUAUGGAAGUGAAGUCUUUCAUCACUUUGGAGAUGAAAGUGUCUGCUGAGAUCAGAAAUGACCUCGUUAGUAAAAGCACAGUGGGGCUGCACUGCCUACGCAGUGACACCAAGGAAGGUCCUUAUACGCCGAUUCCCCUGCCGUACAGCUACGGUGACACGGUACAGGUUCAGCUAGAAAAUCUUGAGCCUUGUAUGUACGUUGCCAUUGUCGCCCAAGGGCAAAACAUUCUGUAUCCCGCCACUGUUUGGGACUACAUUCAUAAGAAAAUCACCGUGGGGGUGUACGGCCCCAAGCAUAUCCAUCCUUCUUUUAAAACGGUUGUGACUAUUUUUGGACACGAGUGUGCUCCAAAGACUUUGAUGGUCAGUGAGGUCACCCGGCAGGUCCACAGCCCAGCCCCCGUGGCCUUGCAGCUAUGGGGCAAGCACCAGUUCGUCCUGUCCAGGCCACAGGAUCUUAAAAUCUGCAUGUUCUCCAACAUGACGAAUUACGAGGUCAGAGCCAGCGAGCAAGCCAAAAUUGUCCGAGGAUUUCAGAUGAAGCUGGGCAGGGUGAGCCGCCUGAUCUUUCCCAUCAUGUCCCAUGAUCCCAACGAGCUCUCGGACUUCACCCUGAGGGUCCAGGUCAAAGACGACAGCGAGGCCAUCCUGACCCAAUUCUGUGUCCAGACCCCACUGCCCCCGCCGAAGAGUGCCGUCAAACCUUCGGGGCAGAGGAGGUUUCUCAAAAAGAAUGAGGUCGGAAAGAUCAUCCUCUCCCCCUUGGCUGCCACCACCAAGUACCCUACCUUCCAGGAGCGCCCGGUAGCUAGUCUGAAGUUUGGCAAGCUUCUGAAAACGGUGGUCAGGCAAAACAAAAACCACUACCUUCUGGAAUACAAGAAGGGAGACAUCGUCGCCCUGCUGAGUGAGGAGAAGAUCAAGUUGAAAGGCCAGCUCUGGACCAAGGAGUGGUACAUUGGCUAUUACCAAGGUAAAAUAGGUCUUAUCCACACCAAAAACGUACUAGUGGUGGGCAAAAUCCGGCCAAACUAUUUUUCUGGACCGGAUCUCACCACCAGUGGGUUGUUGGAGCAGAUUCUGAGGCCGUGCAAGUUUCUGACCUACAUCUAUGCGUCAGUUCGGACCUUGCUCAUGGAGAACAUCAGCAGCUGGCGGGUGUUUGCAGAUGCUCUGGGCUAUGCCAACCUGCCCCUCACCUUUUUCUGCCGGGCAGAGUUGGACAGUGAACCAGAACGGGUGGCCUGUGUCCUGGAAAAGCUCAAGGAGGAUUGUAACAACACCGAAAAUAAAGACAGAAAGUCCUUUCAGAAGGAACUGAUGAUGGCCCUGUUGAAAAUGGACUGCCAGGGACUAGUGGUUAGACUCAUUCAAGACUUUGUCCUACUGACCACGGCAGUGGAGGUAGCCCAGCGUUGGAGGGAGCUGGCUGAGAAACUAGCCAAGGUCUCCAAACAACAGAUGGAUGCCUAUGAGUCUCCCCACCGGGACAAGACCGGCAUGGUGGAUAGUGAGGCAAUGUGGAAGCCGGCAUAUGACUUUUUACUGACAUGGAGCAGUCAGAUUGGGGACAGCUACCGGGAUGUCAUCCAAGAGCUUCACUUAGGGCUGGACAAGAUGAAAAACCCUAUCACAAAGCGCUGGAAGCAUCUCACUGGAACCCUCAUUCUAGUAAACUCCCUGGAUAUACUAAGGGCUGCUGCCUUUAGUCCUGUGGUGCAUGAAGACUUUGCCAUCUGACCGAGAAUACAUUUCACUACUCCCUCUGUGGAACCGAUUCUUAGACCAGGAUGGAGUUGUGGCGGGAGACGGGGUUAGAGGCUUUUCACACUCACUCGUCUCCUCAAACUGGUAUUUGGGGGUCAAGGACUCAGAACGCCACAAUUCCUCUCUGCUUCCCACAUCCUUUCUCCCCCUUGAUCUAGGGAAAAUCCUGAACAGGUUUUCUACUGUACAGUUGUUGCCAAUCAAGCCGCUUUUUAUUUGUAAAGUAUAAAAAUAAAAACUGCAUUUUGUAGGAGUUUGGAAAAAAAAGAGAGGUAAUAUCUAGUUUUUUACGGACCGUAAAGGAAAAAAGCCACUUGUGUGUGGCAGAAAAGAUAUUUUUAUGUUGUGUAGAUCCCUCUUUCAUUAUUCUCUAAAACAUUCCCUCACUGCCUUCAGUCAUAUAAAUAUGUGUCUAUAGCGAAACACAGUGUGAUAUGGCAGGAAGCAGUAAGCUCUGGUGUGAUCAUUUUUUCCUAAGUCAGAGCAUUAUUGGACAGAAGGUCUGAAGAAAGCAACUGAUUCUUUGCGAGAUACCUUUCGUGUCUCAUGCCCUUUCUGGUUUGUUACGUUAAAAUUUUCUUCUUUUAAUGGGUUUUUAAAAUGAGUCCUUUGACUGCACCUGUAUGAGUUAUUUGGCUGCGUUAUGGCUGGUUGGCAUCCAGGCAUAAUCCAAAUGUGGUAAGUUUUCUUGUGGGUGUCCCAUGAAAUAAUAAAGAAUAAUGUCCCUCAGUGGGGUAUCUUCUCC